UUGUAUGUAGACACAGAGAGAGACUUACACGACAUAGAUGUGCAUUAUAUCUAAGGAGAAUGGCUCUCAAACAACGUCUUUGUGUGUAAGAGAAUCAUGGCUCUCAUUUUCACAGACAGACAUGGCCCUACUUAGAAUGCAAAGGACCGCCAUCCCGCCCCAAAGGCCCCAAAGGGGAGCUGCCCUCUCUUCUUCCAGGCGCCCUAAAGAGCCAUCCAUCCGACCUCCGAGGCCUAGGCCUCCUCCCGGCUCCAUCCGCUGGGCAUCGGCGCCAUCCCGCCGCCCUCCUCCCCGGGAGCGGGCUCCUUCCCUCGGCCGGAGCAACCCUCUCCCGCCCACCGGGCUCUGGAGCCGCUUCCCCGCCUCCUUCCGCCGCUUCCAGCCCCUAAACCGGCUCCCGGCUCCUCACCUCAGCGACUCCGGCCCAAAAUGGCGGCGAGAAAGAGCGAGCCCCGCCGCGGCGCCUGAUGGGAUAGCAACCGGCGAGGACCCCGAGAGGUGGCCGCGCCAUUCGCCUGAGCGAAAUGCCCCCGACGGGCGCCUCCUCCGCGCGAUCUGGCCCUUGGGCUUUCAAGCCCGGCUUGCCUUCUGUCCCCUCUGGGCUCCGGAAAGAGAAGGCGAAACGGAAAGAAAAUCAGGCGCCGUCGAGGGCGACCCUGGCCUCCUGAAGGAAGGCCCCCUCCGGAGGGAGCGGUCACCAUGGCGACCCCUGAGGCGGCUCCCGGGGUGGUUUCUGAAGGAAAAAAGCCACCGGAGCUGUCAAUUCUGGAUGCCAUCCGACAAUCUGCUCCCCUGGAAGACUGCACAGACCAGCUCACCAUCCUUGGCUGCAUCAUGCCGGUUUCGUAUGAGGGCAGGAAAGACAUCAGUGAUGGAAAUGAUGGGAAGGAAGAAGGUGAAGAGCCUCCAGAAGCAGCUCAGUGACAUCAAGAGAGAGAAGGAUUAUGAGCUGCAGAACCGGAAUGAGAUGGUGGCGUAUCUCAAAGACCAGCUUCAAGAGAUGAAAGCUAAAACGGAGAUGGAGAAUCGCUACGUCAAGAAGGACAGAGGGCUCCAGGUGGCUCAAGUGCAGAAGAAAUGCGCUGGGGCCGAGACAGAUUUGCUGAAUGAAAUUGAAAAACUGAGGAAUCAAAUAGAUCAAGAGAUGAGGGUUCACAGUGACAUUGAGAAUUUCCUUAAGCAGCAGCAGGUGAGCAUAGAAGAGAAGCUGGAGUACUGGGUGGACAAGUACGAGAAGGAAACAGAAGCUAAGCAGCAAGAACUCAACGCCUUGAAGUCUUCCAGAGCAGCCGACCAGGCAGCACUACAGGAACUGGCCAGGCAGUGCCUGGCAUGUGAACAAGCCAUCAUUGAAGACCGGAAAGAGAAGGAGAAUGCCCGGAAGAAGGUAGAACGGGAUGCGCUGGAGAUGAAGAGCAUCCUGAAGCUGCAGGCCUGGUGGAAAGGCAUGAUGGUCCGUAGAUUCCUGGGUCCUUAUAAGGCCCUUAAAAAACUCUUUGAAGAAGAGCAACCAGUCAAUGAAAAAGGAAAGAAAGGCAAAGGAAAGCCUGGACCAAAAAAGAAAAAAUGAGGGUGACCAAGGAUUGCACCACCACCAGCUUCACACCGUGCUUUUGGGCAACAGAGUGGUUUGCAAGGGGACACCUGUGUUCAAAAAUAAAAUGUUUAGCACUUAA